AUGGCUCGUCAAUUGGUCGCAAUUCUGGCUGCUGCUGCUGCUUUUAGCGGUGUUAGCGCUGGCCCUUGCAAGCCUGCUUCUUCACUCGCCUUGUCGUCAACAAUUCUUGCCGAGACAACUACAACUGCCACUUCUCACGAGACUGCUUCGUCUACCAUCACCGCCGACGUGACCGAGACCACUGGUGCUUUCGAUACCACUGUCACCGACGCUACCAUCACCGGUAGCACGACAGACACUGCGACGGCCGGGUCUAUCACCACUUUUCUCACUACUACUACAACCGAACAAUCUCCUGAGCAAUCUACCACCACCACCACUGCUGGUCCCGUUGGGCCAGGUCCUUGUCUUGAAGAGCAGGUCCUUUACAACCCCAGCUUCGAUGAUAACAAUAAUGCUUGGCCCUGGGAUCUCAACAGUGGCGUCCAAGUCUCUUCAUUGAAUCCGCGCUCCCCCUCCUACUGCCUCUUCAACACCCCCACGUCAAGCGACCGAGUCACCACGUUCUCCCAAGCUCUCCCCGCCUUGGGAGACUACGAAUAUGAGUUGGUGUACUACAUCACCAUGCAGAAUUCUGAAGUCAAUGGCCUCGACUUCUCCUGCUAUGCUAACGCCUUCGUCAAUGGAAAAAGGAUGCGGGAAAGCGGAAGCUUUGAUCAAUCUGGCCCCUUCACAUAUCAGCGAGUGAGCGAGGUCUUCACGCCACAGAACUCUCAUGAAGCUGGGGAACUGCGUUUCGAGAUCCAGUGCGAUGGCGAAUUCGAGUAUGCGGAUAUGGCUGUUGACGAUGUCAGUCUUACUCGUCGUUGCAGCGCGUGA